CUUGUAUAUGUGUCCAAGAAAGUUUCAAUGGCUUAGUGGUAUCUGCCAUAUAUUUAUGUUAUACUAACCCGGGUUCGAUCCUUACCUUUGCAUUGUUUUUUUCAUUUUUUACAAAAAGAUAAAUGUGAUGACAUGGUAACUUCGGGUUUUCUGAUUGGACGAUUUUUUGUGCUUACGUGGACAGUCUAAGAGGAGCUUAUAUCCCCUUUUAGUAUAGUAUAGAUAUCUCCAAUCGCGAAUUUUAUUUUUGUUAUUUAACAUUAUUGCGAGUGUAUUAACUGCUUUACGAGUUUGUAGUUUGAUUGGUCGAAAAGACACAUACUGAAAGCAAUACCAUAAUAUUUUUCAUGUAACUCGUUAAAAGCAAAAAGAUAGGCCACGUUAGUACAUUCCGUUUAGCUUCCUGUCAACAUGUAUAGUGUGUUGCUGUGUUUCACCUACCAAUUGUAGUCAAUUCUUUAACUAUAUACAAUGUUUUUCAUAGUAUAGAAAUGUGUUUUUUUAAGAGAAAAAAACUGUACUUUUUAUGGGGUUUAAUAGAAAAGAAACUGUAGUAUCAGACCCAUAGUAUAGAAAUGUUAAAGGAAGUUUCUUGGUAACAUGAUUUGCAAGCGAUGAAAAAGAACUCAAUUCCAAUUUUGUUGGCUCAAAGCCUUGAUGCAAGUUUGGUUGUCAUCUUCUCCAAGUCUUCAGAUAAUUCAAGAAUCUUUUUGGUUUGUUUGUUUUAAGGAACGGUGGAAUUUGAUUGUAUAUAUGUAUACGUAGUCCACUAAUACUCUAUCAUACGUGAAUGAAAUUAACCAAUAUGUCGGUGAUAAAAUAACUGUAUUUCAAAAGCCCAAUAAGUCUAUAAUUUCAUUUCCAACGGCGUUUUUUAUCUAUAUUUUCUUUUCAUUUCGUUGUAAAAUAAACAGUCAUUUUGUUGGAGUUUGCAGGAAAUAAAUUCUUCAAACCCCUCAAAUACAUAAUAAUAUAAUUUUUAUAAAUAGAGUAUUUAAAUUAUAUAUAUAUAUAUAUAUAUUAAUUUUUGAUAAAAUAAAUAUUAAUAGUUAGAAUGAACAUGUUAUUAUUGAUAUUUUAAGUAUAGUUAUACGGGUUAUUUUAACGAACAUGAAAAAUAUUUAUUAAAUAUAAAACUAACUGAACAGAGCAUAAAACAUAUUUCAAAUUAGACUUGGGUGCUUAAGUAUCCGUUGGGAUAUAUAGAUGGUUAUUUUACAUUUCUGUUCUAAUUUAUAUCACACCAUAUGUCUCAUUCCAGUAAAUUUGUAAGUAUAAAUUGGAUUUGAAUAUAACAUACCAGUUUUGGUUCUAAUUUGUAUCACAUUCUAAAAAGUCGUAUAUCGUUUGGAUUUGGUUUAUAUUAGUUUGGUCCGGAUACAUCUUAAUUUAAAUUCAAAGUUUAAAAACAAAACAUAAGAAAUAAAUACUUAUUUAUACAGAAUUGGAUAUUUAUGGAGUUAUAAAAAUUUAAAUAUUUAUUUUUAGAUAUCAUUUCAAAAUAAAUAUAAAAAUGAAUAUUUGAUGUACAUAUUUAUGUUUUGAAUAUUUAUAUUUGUGAUUAAUUUGGAUAUUCGGAUCGGUUUUUUAGAUUUUUUUCGGGUUAUUCAUUCGAGUUUGACUAAUAAUACUUUAGGUUCAUAUAUGUUUUGUACCAUCAUAAAAAAUUCAUUAUGGUAUUUUUUUACAUUUCGGACCGGAUACAUAUUUUUUUCUUCGAACUUCGAGUUAUGAAUUAUAUGCCUACACCUACUUUAAAUAAAGAAAAAAUAUGAUUAUAAUAUGUUUUAACCGAAAAAUUAUUCAACGUGUUCAAAGCGCGAAUCAAAAUCUAGUGUCAAACUAGUCCGAUCGAUGAUGGAGCUCAUUCUACUUAGUAUUUACCGGUCUGUCACAUUUUUAAAUAACCCGAGCCAAAGGCCAAGUUACAAGGUAGUCCAUGUAUAUUGGUUAUUUGAUGGCGGAAUCGAACCCACACACCAUUCGCAUGUUCCUCGAUAGGAUUUGCCAAUUUUAAAGAAAGAUUUUACCACUUUUUUGUCAUAUAAACACUUAGGUGAUUAUGUGAUAUAUCCUGAAGUCAAGAAAGCAUCACAGACACCAUUAUGCAUGGACAAACGUUCUGGAUUAGGCAAGUGUCAAGUUUCUAAGACUUCUGGUGAGCUCUUUGAAACUUCUUUCAUUCCAAUCACAUAACAAAGAAGGCUCUUGUAAAUCACGCAAUGGUGUUAUACUGAUGUAUCAUUCAAAUGAGAAUGUAACAUACCAAAAAUAAUUACUUGAAGAAUCAUUAAAGCUGAAAAUCACAUAUACAUUUAUAAAGUUACCACGAAGACGGUGUAUUCUGUUGUUGAAUAAUCCGAUCGAUGUUUCUUAAACAAUCAAAAAGCGCCGAGAUUUCAGAAUAAAAUAGAUAGAUCAUUAUUUAAAAAUACCGGAAAAGAGCUAGAAAAACGAAACUUCAACAUAAACAAGAAAAGAAAAAUAGAUAAAAAUCUUAACAAACUCAAAGAUUUAUGCAGCAUUAGCAGCAGGCAACGGACUUAUUAAGUAUUUAACGAGUCUACGACACACAAAAUGUUUUAAAAAUGUAAAAACAACACGAUGGAACUAUAAAAAGAAAAGAAGAAUAGAAUCAGAAAAUGGAAUAAAAAUAAAAGUGUGGCGAAUUUGUCACUUUCUAUGAUUCUUUUAUACGAUGAACAUAAAAAUUUUACUUUAAUUACAUCGAAAGUUAGACAAUUAUAAACUUAAAGGCCUUCUUGCAAAUAAGAAGAAGCUAAAGGCCAAAAGAUAAUUAAAUAUGCCUACUCACAAGAAAAAAAUAAUUAAGAGUUUUGAUCACUCUUAUGAAAAUAGAAAAGGCCAAAAGAGAGAGAGCGGCUAAAACGGAAGCAAUUCAUUCCUUUCUUUGACUUUAUCUCAUAACCACACAACAUAGAAUUGUUUUCUUUUGUAAUCGCACUCUUUUUUACCCUCAAUGAGCUGAUUAUUACAUUUCGACUCACUCACUUUUUAUAUAAUAUCAAGCACACUCUCGUGUUUGCCUUCCCUUAAUUUCUUAAAAUGGAUUUCAAGAGUGUGACAUUUUAGGAUUAUUAGAAUUUUGUUCACCACCUCUAUUCGAAGUUUAAUAGAAAGAUUAUUCCUCCUUGUCUUUUGGGACUAAUAAGUUUUCUGGUAGUCUGAUCCAAUGGCUGCAACCACUGAGAUGCCCACUGACGUUGUCAAUGAUGUUAGUAUCAACAAGGAUGGUGAAAAAGGCAUUGAUAGCGGAAUUGAGAAUAACUCUUCGAUCACGACCUCGAAACCCAAAACUGAAUCCGAUUUGGAUAUGCAAAAGCUUGUGGCUAUGUUCAAGAAACUAAAUCCAUUGGCUAAGGAGUUUUUCCCUUCUUAUUACAAUCCCAAGAAGAACAAUCAGACAGGAAAAGACAAUCAACUUCUGUCUGCUGAUGAUGUGGCCGCCACAAAAAAACAAUCUGGUGAAGAAGUUGAUCUUAAUGGAAAGAAAGGUGACAAUAACCAGAAGAGAAGAAACAGUUAUAGCCAAGGUAGGAGGAGGUUAACUGGACGAAUUUCUAAGGCACAGAGAGAGGAUAGUAUGAGGAGAACAGUAUACGUUUCUGACAUUGACCAAACUGUGACUGAGGAGGGUCUUGCUGGCUUGUUUAGUAACUGUGGACAAGUUGUUGACUGUCGAAUUUGUGGGGAUCCACAUUCAGUUCUUCGAUUUGCGUUUGUCGAGUUUGCUGAUGACCAGGGCGCACGGGAGGCUUUAAGCCUUGGUGGAACGAUGCUUGGGUACUACCCGGUGAGGGUCUUGCCCUCCAAAACUGCUAUCCUUCCAGUGAAUCCCACAUUUCUUCCCAGGUCAGAAGAUGAAAGGGAGAUGUGUUCAAGGACAAUCUAUUGCACAAAUAUAGACAAGAAGGUUACUCAAGCUGAUGUGAGAAACUUGUUUGAGACGGCAUGUGGUGAGGUAACUCGCCUGAGGCUUCUUGGUGAUCAACUGCAUUCAACUCGCAUAGCUUUUGUUGAAUUUGCUCUGGCAGAUAGUGCACUAAGGGCGCUCAAUUGCAGCGGAAUGGUCGUUGGAUCCCAACCGAUAAGGGUAAGUCCUUCAAAGACACCAGUAAGGCCACGAAUCACUCGACCACCAUCCACAAACUAGGAAGAGACCUUACUACCUGGCUAUCCAGAAGAGAGAUGACUUCAAGCAUCUUUUUUUUUCUUUUCUAUUUUCGUUUUUUUUGGAGGUUUUAGAACAGUUUAUCUCCAGUUACAUUUUGUCUGCUUUCUGAAUUUGGAGUUCUUAUUAGGCUUUGUCUUUUCUGACUGAGAUACUUCCAUCUGUUUCAUCAUCUUUCUCUAUGGGAUUUUUUGAGCAUUUUCUUUUGAAA